AAUCGUAUGACUCCUUUCAAUGUGUUUUUAAAUUGUGUUUAUUACGUGCGUCAUUUACGUAAUGACUGGUUCAUAAGUGAACCUUAGAUGUAUGACUGAAGUGCGGCCAUUCAUAAAAACAGAGAUGGCGGAACCGAAAUAGCGCUCGCUUAGGUUAUUGGUUGUGUUUGACUGACAUAUGUGUCUGCCAAUGGUAAGGGAGCACUUGGAUCGGUUCACAGCGAGCGUGUAGGGGUCUCCAUUAAAGAAAAUCUGCAGUCGCGUUUUUUUAUUCGAAGCUAUGCGGGGAAUGAAGGAGUGGAAAGCAAGGUAGUGUUUCACUUUGACACGGGUGAAAACCUUCAUUUGCCAGGGUGAAGAAUUUUGCAACAUGGACUGCUUUUAUGACCAACAAGUCCCCUUUGUGGUCCCGGAGAGUGGAACAGAGCAAUGCCUCAGUGACAGGAAAAGGAAGUUCGUGGAUAUCGGUUUGGAUCAAGACUCAGAGGAGCUUUUCCAAGACCUCAGCCAGCUUCAGGAACUCUGGAUAGCAGAAGCUCAGGCUCCUGAUGAUGAACAGUUUGUCCCAGAUUUCCAGUCCAGUAACGCCAUGUUUCAAGUGCCGCCGGACAGCACAGUGAAACAAGAGUCCAGCCCAACGAAAGAUCUGUCCCCCACCAGGACGCGUCACACAGACGUGUGCCUUUACAGCAACUGUGCCUGUGACAGGAAACCAGCUGAGUUGACACGUACCUCAGCGGCCGCCGCCACCCCCCUGACUGGAACUGCACCCCAGCAACGACGGCUCGCUAACGGUCCCACGAGGCAGGUGUCUGGCUGCCCCACCCGCCACCACCGUAUGCCACAGGGCAAUCAAUGCCAUCAGUUUGCGUUGCCACACCCUCCCAUUGGCUCCCUUGUUGCAGCUUUCGGUUCAGGGCAGAGGUUUCAGCGGCAGAUGUCAGAACCAUGUCUGUCCUUUCUACCGGCAAAGAAAAUGUUGAACAUGCCCGGCUCUCACUCAAGCUACGCGGGAUGCCCGUUGUAUCAGCGGCAUCUGUCGGAGCCUCUGGCUCCAGUUGGCGGUGGAGGCGUUUGCAAACAGGAGAUGGUAGAUUCGCGCUACCCGGAGGCAGUGGCGUGUGGUUCUAGCAUGGCGGCCUUCGCCAACAUCACCAUCAAACAAGAGCCAAGGGACUUUGGCUUUGACACAGAGGUUCAAACCUGCCAGUCAUCAUCCUUUGGCAAAACGCCAGUCUUGUACCCGCGUGGAGGCUCAGCUUUUGGUCGUGACGCAGAAGCCCGCUUCAGCUAUGAUGACGCUUGUGUCGUGCCGGACAGACUGGAGGCUAAAGUAAAGCAGGACGGUUUGCCCUACCAGCGGCGUGGCUCCCUGCAGCUGUGGCAGUUCCUGCUCACGCUGUUGGACAACCCGGCCAAUGCACAUCUGAUUGUGUGGACGGGGCGUAAUAUGGAGUUCAAACUCAUUGACUCUGAAGAGGUGGCCCGGCUCUGGGGAAUCCAGAAGAACCGGCCUGCCAUGAACUAUGACAAGCUGAGCCGCUCGCUGAGGUACUACUACGAGAAGGGCAUCAUGCAGAAGGUUGCUGGGGAGAGAUAUGUAUACAAGUUUGUGUGCAACCCAGAGGCCCUCUUUUCCAUGGCGUUCCCAGAGAAACUGAGGCCCAGUGUGAAGGCCGACCCUGACGCCCUCCCCUUUGUUGGCGAGGAGGAUGGCUUAACUCUGCCCCCGUUCGAGGAGGAGGGUCCUUACUUGGCGGACGGAGGCGAGCAGUGCCUUCAGGGACUGAUCUUCCCCGAAAGCUGCCUGUACUAGGCCACAGUCUAAAGGAUAGUGAUGUGGGAUUUUUCAGAUAUAAAAUCUAAAAAUGACCUUCGUCUGGUAUGUUUUAGCCCACAGGACCCCUUUGCAGCCAAAUUUCAAGCCACACGUUGUGCAGGAUAGAAUCACAAUUUUACCUUGG